AUGCCACCAAGCUUCUCCUGUCAUCCAGUGUUGUUUUUGAGUUGCGUGGUCGGCUUCUGCUGCGGCACAAGUUUCCCAAGUAACAUCAACAUAGGCGGCCUGUUCCCGACCGGAUCUCACGAGUAUGAGGUGUUCCGGUUCGCCCUCGCGCGCCACCAGGACAUCCCCAAGCUUGUGCCACAGGUGGACAUGGUGGACACGAGCAGCAGCUUCGCUAUGACGUAUGCCUUCUGCUCCCAGUUCUCUAAGGGGGUGUAUGCCAUUAUGGGCUUGUAUGACAGACGGACUGUCAACAUGCUCAUGUCUUUCUGCGGCUCGCUGCACGUCUGCUUUGUCACGCCAUCCUUCCCAGUUCAGACCAACAACCAGUUUGUCCUCCAGCUGCGGCCCCAGCUCCAGGAGCCCCUCAUGGCCCUGCUGGACCACUUCCAGUGGACCCGGUUUGUCUACAUGUACAGCUCUGACUCGGGCUUGGCGGUACUCCAGAGGAUCUUGGACACGGCGGCAGAGCAGAGCUGGCAGGUGACCUCAGUCAACCUUGACACGCUGACGGAGGCUGCCUUCAUCAAACUACUAACUGACCUGGACUACAAGAAAGACUACAAAAUCAUCAUCGACUGUGAGCUGGACAGGUUGAACUCCAUUCUUAACCUGAUUGCAGCUCAGAGAAGAAACUUAAAGAACUACCACUAUAUUCUGGCAAAUCUGGGCUUUGCAGACCUGAACUUCACAGAGUUUCAAAGUUUGGGGCCCAAUGUGACUGGUUUUCAAAUGAUGAAUUGGUCUGACCCGGCGGUGGAAAAGGUUAGCCAGGAGUGGCUCGACUUUGAUAGUAAAGACCUCAAACUGGCCCGCAGGAAACUAAAGUAUACUGGUGCACUGACCUAUGACGGUGUCAGUGUAAUGGCAGCGGCUUUUCAGUACCUUCGGAAGCAGCGAAUAGACAUCUCUCGUCGUGGGAAUGCUGGAGAGUGCCUAGCUAACCCUCCUGCCCCCUGGGGUCAGGGCAUUGACAUACAGAGAGCUCUGCAACAGGUCUGUCUGGAGGGGCUUAGCGGUCAUGUCCAGUUUGAUGAGAGAGGUCACCGAACCAACUACACGCUCACUGUAAUGGAGCUCAGUCACAAUGGACCCAUGAAGGUGGGUUACUGGAAUGAAAAUGAACGCUACGUCAACACAGCUGUCUACACUCCUGUGGUGGAAGACUUCUACACCCUUCAGAACAAAACCUACGUAGUCACCACAAUCCUGGAAGCCCCCUAUGUGAUGCUGAAGAAGAACCAUGAACAGCUUGUUGGGAAUGAUAGGUAUGAGGGGUACUGUGUGGAGCUUGCCGCAGAGAUAGCAAAGCACGUGGGGUUCAACUACAAACUGGAAUUGGUGGGGGAUGGCAAGUAUGGCUCCAGAGAUGUGGACACCAAGAUUUGGAACGGCAUGGUGGGAGAGCUUGUCUAUGGGAAAGCAGAUGUGGCUGUUGCCCCACUGACAAUCACUCUGGUCCGUGAGCAGGUGAUAGAUUUUACCAAGCCCUUCAUGUCCCUGGGCAUUUCCAUCAUGAUCAAGAAGCCCACCAAGUCCAAGCCCGGAGUGUUUUCCUUCUUGGACCCGCUGGCCUAUGAGAUCUGGAUGUGUAUUGUCUUUGCCUACAUUGGAGUCAGUGUGGUGCUGUUUCUGGUGAGUCGUUUCAGUCCAUAUGAGUGGCAGGGCAAUGAGGACGAUGAUGAUGAACAGCUUUGUCUGGCCAGCUCCACCUCUCGGCGGACUCCACUCACUUGUUCCGAACCGGAGCAGUCUCAAGGAUACUCCCAGGCUCAGAACCAGAGCCAACAGAAAGAAAAGGAGAUGCUGGAACACACCAAUGAGUUUGGGAUCUUCAACUCCCUCUGGUUCUCUCUGGGAGCUUUCAUGCAACAGGGCUGUGACAUUUCCCCCAGAUCUCUAUCAGGUCGUAUCGUUGGAGGUGUGUGGUGGUUCUUCACCCUCAUCAUCAUCUCCUCCUACACAGCCAACCUGGCAGCCUUCCUCACUGUGGAGAGGAUGGUGUCUCCCAUAGAGAGUGCAGAGGACCUGGCCAAACAGACGGAGAUCGCCUACGGCACUCUGGAAGGGGGUUCCACCAAAGAGUUCUUCAGGCGCUCCAAAAUAGCUGUGUUUGAGAAAAUGUGGUCAUACAUGCGGAGUGCAGACCCCUCAGUGUUCGUCAAGAACACCAACGAGGGAGUGAUACGGGUCAGGAAGUCAAAGGGGAAGUACGCCUAUCUGUUGGAGUCCACCAUGAACGAAUACAUCGAACAGAGGAAGCCCUGCGACACAAUGAAAGUAGGAGGCAACCUGGACUCUAAAGGCUACGGAGUGGCCACACCAAAAGGAUCUGCACUCAGAAACCCUGUUAACUUGGCAGUGUUAAAACUGAACGAGCAGGGCCUGUUGGACAAAUUGAAAAACAGAUGGUGGUAUGACAAGGGAGAGUGCGGCACCGGGGGAGGGGACUCCAAGGACAAGACGAGCGCGCUGAGCCUCAGCAAUGUGGCAGGAGUUUUCUACAUUUUGAUUGGUGGGCUAGGCUUGGCCAUGCUUGUAGCGUUAGUGGAGUUCUGCUACAAGUCCCGCAUUGAGUCUCGAAGAAUGAAGGAGCUAAUUGAUGCCGCAAUGAUGAGCACCAGCCUUAGCAGGGUGCCGGGGGGAGGCGCAGUGGGGGUUGGGAGUGGAGGAGGUGCUGCAGCUUUGGGAGGGGAGAAUGGUCGGGUGGUGGCUCACGACUUUCCAAAGCCAGGACCCCAGACCAUGCCUUGCAUGAGCCAAGCAGCUGGGCUGGGGCUCAGCUCCACCGGUAUGUGAUCAGAAUAGAGCCCCAACCCCAUAGGAUGGA